UGGUUAUGUUGGAGUUGAACGAGAGUGUAUCAUGCAUCUAGCACAGAUUUUAGGAGCAAGCUGCCAGGAUCAUUUUGCCCGCAAGGCAAGGAAAGAUCUGCUAGCCAACACUCAUCUUGUGGUGAACUAUCCCAGUGGAUCAAAGUAUGAGGCAUCCAAGAAGUGGCAGAUUCCAGCCGGUUGCCUGCCGACACCAGCUAAAGCAGAUGACAAUAAUCAAUUUGCUGAUGAUGUGUUUUAUGAAAGAAAAGAUGCCAGCAUUGAAAAGGAAGGGAAUCAUGUAGCAGGCAAUUUAAUGUUGACAGAAGAGGUGGCAAAUAUUAGAGCCUUUGAGGAUUCAGUACAAGUACCAUCGUCGUCUGCUGAAAGCUCUGACCCAGUCAACAAGAAUGCCAUUGAUGUGAAUCCAAUGGCUGAAAUUCAGCAUCAUCUCUUGACGCCAUCUUUAAGCAGUAACAAGAACAGGAACUCUGGAAGGAAAAGUGCUUGCAGACCCAACCAGAGUGAAAAUAUUACAGCUGGUUUCUUGAAAACUCCAGUAGAUAUUCGACGUCAGAAAUGGGGGCGCAUCUCAUGUGGAGAAAGUCCAGCUUCUACCAGUACACCUCAAGGGCUGAUACAUGGUGGAGGAGAGACACCUGGUACAUUUAUGCAGCCAAACUUUAAACCUAAAUUCAAUCUUAAUGGAGUCUUUGAUACACCAGAUUCUACCACAGUUCUGAACAAGUCCACACCUUUAGGAGAAACGUUCAGAAGGCAGAUAACAAAAGCAGUACAGAAUUUAACAGCACAGAAUUCUACAUCUACAGAGAUGGUAGAGGGGGAGAUGACUGUUAGCCAGUCCCAACCGGAGCAACUAGCCCCUCUUCAUGGAGUUGUGAUUGCUGUAGCCAAGAAACUGGGACACAACCAUGAGCAGUACAACAGUAUUGUUGUGGAACUUGGUGGCAACUAUUCGUGGCAUAAUGGGCCUCAUGUCACCCACUUUGUCUUUCAGGGCAGACCAAAUGAUACUAACAAAGAGUUCAGAAAGGCAAGAGAUGAAGGGAAAACUGUUGUUUCACCUUACUGGCUUUUUAUUUGUAAAGAACAAAACUGCAGAGUGGAUGAGAGCUUAUUUCCACAUAACUACAACCCAAAUUUCAGUUUGACAAUGACUCCAUCAAGUAAAUUGACGCCAUCAAGAAGUUCCAGAGCUGCCCUAAGAAACCGUGUUCAGCUAGAAGCUUCUGCAAAAUCAUUGGCAGUAACUGGCAAGACACCAAAUAGAAAGAUGCCCGCUUUAAAUCUUCAGAAAAUUGCUGCAAAGGAUAGUGAAAUAAAAACUUCCAAAGUGGUAAAUUCUGAUGAAAGCACUUCACCAACUGACCAAAGUAAUGCAAAAAAUGACAUUUCUGAACCAACGCGAACAUCUGGAGAAGACUGCACGGAGGAUGAAACUGUUUCUGAUGAGGAAUUUGCAGGCAGAGGCAAGAAAAAGGAAAUCAAAGAAGCUCUUAGCAAAACUCUAGGCAAUAUUGUUGCAGAAGCCUCAAAAACUCAGGCAUCAGGGAAAAGGAAGGCAAAAGUAACAAGAUUGAGUGGUCAGUUAAAUACAUCUGAAGGUAACACAUCACAAAACAGCAUUCCACGAACUGGAAUUACUGGGCAAGGCAGCAAAGAAGCUCCAAAUGAUGGAGUGUCCGCAGAAGUCAUUAUUGUUAUAGAACCACCUCAUAGUGAAAAAGUCACCUGGGAGGAUCCAACUGAAAACAUGUUGAAAGCAAAACUGGCACAUCAGCUGGAACUUGUUCAGGAACCAAGUCAGAGCACACAAGAUGUGUUAGCAGUUAAGAUUCGAGGCGGAAGAGUAGAAGCAUUUGAACAGGAAGCAAGAAUUUCCACGGUUAAAUCCAGGACCAAGCAUUUUGCAGAUGACAGAUCCCCAACCCCAGAACCUCCUUCAUUGGCAUUCCCUAUUGCAAAGCCUUCCAGUACUGUCAUGUCACCACAGCCCAUAGAGUUGAUCAGUGAGGAGAGUAGUGAAAGCCGAAUGAGUGCCAGUGCAUUAAAGACCAGAAUUUUUCUGGUUUCUGGAUUACAGAACCAGGAAAGAAUGGACUACUCAGCUCUUGUAGAACAGCUUGGAGGGAAGACCAUAGAGAAGCAGCACUUUGAUCCAUUAUGUACUCAUCUUGUUGUGAACUUGCCUACUAGAAAUGAGAAGUACUUGUCCUGCAUCGCAUCUGGCAAAUGGGUUCUGCAUCAGUCUUACUUUGAAGCAUGUCGCAAGGAGGGCAAGUUCGUCAAGGAGGAACCAUAUGAAUGGGGAAGUAGUUUUACCCAGCCCUUGAUGCAGAAUAUGGCUCCCCAAGCUUGUAAGCUUGCUGCCGCUGCCUGUAAGUGGAGACGGAAAAUUGCAGCCAUCAAGAAGAUGGAUCCAUCAUGUGAAGGAGCUUAUAAUGGCUGGAAAGUUUUGCUGUGCCUGGAUAAAGCAAAAGAAGAAAAUUUUCAGCGUUUGCUUGAAGCUGGGGGUGCUAAAGUAUCAGUAAUAAGAUCCCCUUUUCCAGACAGCAUUCAAGCAACUCAUGCCUUUGUAGACAUGGCCAAAGUUAAAGUUUCUCAAGAAGACCUGCAGAAACUUCUAGAAGCAGACAUACACUGUUUGAAACCUGAAUACAUCCCAGCAUAUCUGACAGACGAGCCUCCCCCAGACCCUUCAGAAUUUUAUCCUGCCGAUUUUAUUGCACUUAAAGCAAGUCUACCAGAGCCAGUUCGAAAUCAGAAGCGACGAAGAACAAGUGAUGAAAACACCUCAGUCAGCAAGAUUUCCAGACGAUGA